AUGGUAGAGUUGCCGAUGGAUCGAAACAACGUCGACGUGAACCGGACGGGCCUCGGCGGUGAUACCUCGUUGCAUUCGGCUGCUGCGAGAGGAGGGCACGAAGCUGUAGGAGAGAGAUCGGUAGAUUGGGGCGGCGUCAACGUAGACUCGAAGGGGGUGCAGGGAAACACGCCCUCAUCGGAUGCCGCUCGAGAUGGGCACAGAAAAGCAGUGGAAAUCCUUCUUGAAAGACGGGUUGAUUUGAAUGCGAAAAAGAGUCAGUCGACAGCCGCUCUGUUCAGGGUCUCUGUCCACGGCGACUAUGAGGUAGUGAAGCUACUGCUCCAGCGAAGUAGCAAUGCAGACCACAGAGACACAAACGGCCGCACUCCUUUGCCUCAUGCCGCUGGGAAUGGGCAUGAGGAAAUCGUAAGAUCGUUUUGUGGAGAGAAGCGAUAUCGAUGUUAA